AUGUUGAUUAAUGGCAUAAAAAAUAAAAUAAUAAGACAUCUGUCGAAGUUUGUUUGGGGGAGUACAGGCCCCCGCAUCGCUAGCUUCGCCGCUUUCCCGUGUGUUGUUUACACAACGAAGCCCGGACAAACAAACGACAUCAUCGCCUAUCGCUCACCGCACGUUGUUCACGUUGUUCGUGGGGGAACACGUCGCAGUUUCUUCAUCGAAUCUAGUCGGAAUUAUACACAGAAACAGACUGUUAUCCUGAUUUCUGGACUGGCCACGACAUCAUGCUCUUUGCUCGACAAUAGCAACGACACUUUUUUCGAAUUACCAGCAGUGGCUCGCAGCGACCCUACACGACUUCUUCUUCUCGUUGCCAUCACUGUCAGUACCGCACCAGAGACGAUACGCGAUCCCGAUCGAAAAAUGGCACCGAUGUCUUCUUUCACCGAGCCCAUCAUGCGUGCAGUUCGCAACCUCGCUUCCGCCUUCCUAUCUCGCUCCAUAGCAACCACAACGACAGACCCAACCUCGUUAUCCUCCCCGCCAGCCCACGAAAUCAAAAAGCGCGCACCACAAAUACUGUCAAUCCCUGCUACAUAUGCCUUGCGUGACUCGUCGCCGGAACCAGGUGUCGUCGUUGGCAUCGUUCUUGGCGUUGUGGCCGCCGUCGUCCUCGUCCUGUUCAUCCUAUACCAAGGUCUCGGCCUGGGAGGCGACAGCAGGGGCUCUAUCGACGGUGGUGGUAGCGGCGUUAUUGUAGUCGAAGAAGAAGAAUCUGUUCGCGGAGGGUCACGACGACGAGGAGGACUGGCGUCGCGGUCGAGAUCUACACGAGGCGGAAGAGGACGCGUGGUGGAAGAGAUUGUCGAGGUUCGCCGGCCGCAUUCACGGACGCAUUCACUAAGAGAAACAGAGGACGACUACUCGGAAGAUGUCGUGGAGGUAAUCGAGGAAAGCUCGGCGACUCCAUAUGACGAGGUAGAAGUCGAGGAGGAAGACGAGAGCAGCGUCGCAACGAGCCCACCACGUCGGAAAAGAACUAGCGGAGGGGGGAGUUAUAGAAGAGUUGACCCAUUGGCUUAUGGAGACGAUGGUGAGCCUUACCGGCGAUCUUCUCGGCGGUGA